UUCUUCCUUCCUCUGCCUAAAACCCAUAAUGAUUAUUAAAGAAAUCUAUCGUAUUUACUACUCUGACAAAGAAACAAAUCAUUUUAAAUCAAUACUUGCUCCAUUUAGGGAGAUCUAUAAUCUCUACUUUGAAGACUAGUUUCCUUUUUGUAUCCUCCGUUGAUUUAGGUUUCUCGAAAUAGGUAACAAGUUCAUGACUUUUGAUCAAGCCGCGUGAAACCAAACAAGAAAGUGUUAGUUUCCGCAAACUUGCGUUCGAAGACAACUCAUCUCUGAUCACUCUUUCUACAAACUACUUGUGUUUAAGUAGCGAAGCAAGUACAUACCCAACAACUUGGUCUGAAGAAAAAAACGCUCGAAGUUAUGUUGGAGUUCAACGGUUCUUUGCUUCGCCAGAGGAGUUGCCUCUGUCUCUGGUGGUUUCUCGCUUGGACGGUGGUGGUGGUUAUGGCGAAGGAUGAGAAGGAAGUGGUAGAGAGACAGCUUAAUCAGACGCCGACUUGGGCUGUUGCUGGUGUCUGCACCUUCUUCAUUGUUGUCUCUGUUGUUCUUGAGAAGCUGAUUCACAAAGUUGGAACGGUUCUAUGGGACCGGAACAAGAAAGCUCUUCUAGAUGCCUUAGAGAAGAUCAAAUCAGAGCUAAUGGUUCUUGGAUUCAUCUCUUUGCUUCUGACAUUCGGCUCAAGUUUCAUUUUGGGUGUUUGCAUCCCUUCACAUGUUGCUCAUACGAUGCUCCCAUGUUCUACAACCAUUAAAAACGAGGUAGAUGAGAAAGGGGAAGAAGGUCGCAGGAAACUCUUGUGGUUUGACCACAGAGUCCUAUCAGAAAUACCUCUUACAAAUUGCAAGAAAGAGGGUUAUGAACAUCUUUUCUCUAGCAAGGCACUUCACCAGUUGCAUAUACUCAUAUUCUUCUUAGCAGUUUUCCACGUUUUCUACAGCUUCUUGACCAUGAUGCUUGGGAGGUUAAAGAUUCGUGGAUGGAAACAUUGGGAGAAAGAGACAUCAUCACAUAACUACGAGUUCUCUGUUGAUACAUCCAGAUUUAGACUCACUCACGAAACGUCUUUUGUGAGAGAGCAUACUAGUUUCUGGACUAGGAUUCCAUUCUUUUUCUAUAUAGAAUGUUUCUUCAGACAGUUUUUCAGAUCUGUCGGAAGAACAGACUAUAUGACACUAAGAAAUGGAUUCAUUGCUGUUCAUCUAGCUCCAGGGAGUCAGUUCAACUUCCAGAAGUAUAUCAAAAGAUCCUUAGAGGAUGAUUUCAAGCUGGUGGUCGGAGUCAGCCCGGUCUUGUGGGCAUCUUUUGUCCUUUUCCUUCUCCUAAACGUUGAAGGCUUCAAGAUAUUGUAUGUCGGAACUGCAUUGCCGGUUAUCAUAAUAUUAGCUGUGGGGACAAAGCUUCAAGCGAUCAUGACAAAGAUGGCUCUCGGGAUCACUGAUAAACAUGCGGUCGUUCAAGGAAUGCCACUUGUAAAAGGUAACGAUGAGUACUUCUGGUUCGGUCGUCCACAGUUGAUUCUGCAUCUCAUCCAUUUCGCUUUGUUUCAGAACGCUUUUCAGAUCACAUAUUUCUUCUGGAUAUGGUAUUCCUUUGGAAACGACUCUUGCUACCAUCCUGACUUCAAAAUUGCCCUUGUAAAAGUAACCAUAGCUUUAGGAGUGUUAUGCCUUUGCAGCUACAUCACACUCCCUCUUUACUCACUCGUUACUCAGAUGGGUUCACGGAUGAAGAAAUCAGUAUUCGAUGAGCAAACAUCAAAGGCGCUAAAGAAAUGGAGAAUGGCCGUGAAGAAAAAGAAAGGCGGGAUAGGUAGUACCACCAAGAGACUAGGUGGAGAUGGAAGCGUGAGUCCUACGGCAUCAACGGUUAGGUCUUCUCUGUCUCUACGGUCAUUGCAGCGUUAUAAAACUACAGGGCAUUCGAUGAAAUACGAAGGACUGGAACCCGAAACAUCGGAUCCCGAUACAGAGAACGAAGCUUUCGCUCCUCCCAUGCCUCCAAGCAUGCCAACGUCUCAAGGCACUGAGCUUGCCACUGAACUAGAGACCAAGACCGGUGGGACUAGCUGUGACAGUGAAAAUGGUUCUAAGGAGUUCUCUUUUGUCAAGCCUGCACCGAAUAAAGAACCAUCGCAAGACCGGUCAGACUAGCCCUGACGGUGAAACUGAUUCGGUAUAUAGAUAUAUUUUGUCAUGACUCGCGCGGAGUUGAGAGCCAUUUUAGUAAAAUAUAGUUACUACAGAUAGUUAAGUUACUGUUUUGUCUUUUCCAUUGAAUUAUAAUUUGGGCUUCUCGUA